UGUGAGGAGAUUGUGAGUGAGUGCAUGAGCUAAAAGAUUGACUGCUUCGACUACAUACUUUAGACAGUCGACGAACACGAACACUCGUUUUUAUUUUUGUCAUCAUAUUUGGAAGUUUUGUUAAAUUUGCCUGCAAUCAGAAACAUAGCAAUGAAAGUGACAACCCCUGAAAUCUCAUGGCACAACAAAGAAGCCAUUCAAAGUGUAGAUAUCCAGAAAAAAAUGGUAAAAUCCAAUGGAACCGAGACUGUUUACAGAAUAGCCACAGCAGGAAAUGAUUGUCACGUUGUAAUUUGGCACGCUACAGUCGGCGAUGACUUCAAAAUCGAAUUUGCAUCUGAUUUGAACAGACAUCAGAAAACAGUGAAUGUUGUUAGGUUUUCGCCUUCAGGAGAAUACUUGGCUUCUGGAGAUGACGAUGGCUCAGUCAUCAUUUGGAAGCAGAAGGCCGCUAACGAAGAGCAAGCCAACUUGUUCGAUGAAGGAUCAGAAGAAAGCAUCGAGCAUUGGACUGCAUUGAAAGUGCUUCGUGGCCACCUGGAGGAUGUCUAUGACGUCAGCUGGUCCCCUGACUCAAAGAACUUAAUGUCAGGCUCUGUGGACAAUUCAGUCAUCCUUUGGAAUGUGGAGGCAGGACGAAAAGUAGCGGUCCUCAAGGACCACAAAGGCUUGGUGCAAGGAGUGUCCUGGUGUCCCUCAGACAAAUUCAUCGCGUCCUUGUGCACGGAUAGGAUUUGCCGCAUUUAUUCACCAAAGACGCACAAAGUGAUCAACAGAAUUCAUCAAUCACCUUUGAACUCUAGUUUGACCAAUGAGGAUGGUACUCUUCAGCAGUUCAAACUCUUCCACGACGACACCCUAGCCACGUUCCACAGGCGACUCACCUUCUCUCCUGAUGGAGAACUUCUUGUGGUCCCAGCUGGAAUUUUGUGCCCCAGGGAGCAAAGGAAAAAGAGACACAUGCCAAAUGCCACUUACGUUUUCUCCACCAAGAAUCUGAAACAUCCAGUUAUGUAUCUUCCCACAGGAGAAAGGUUCACUGUUGCAGUCAGUUUCUGCCCGAUUUUCUUUGAGCUGCUGCCAGGAUGUGAUCCAGUGGUGCCGCUGCCCUAUCGUCUCAUCUGGGCUGUGGCCACCCAGAACUCAGUACUGUUGUACGACUCACAACACCAGACACCCCUGGCUCUGAUCAGCCACAUCCACUAUGCCCGUUUGAGUGACCUCAACUGGUCUCCCGACGGCAGAAUGCUGAUCGUGUCCUCGUCAGAUGGCUACUGCUCCUGCAUCACAUUGGCUGACGGCGAACUGGGCACCGCUGUUGCGGACCAGCAAAAGUUCAUGCCAAAGCUCGUUGAGGAGAAGAAGAAAGGCAAAGCCAAGAAGGCUAGCAGUGGAAGCGAGCCUAAGGAGCAGCCAAAGGUCGAGCAAGUCGAGAUUAAAGAUGUGGAGCCUGAAGAUGAAAUUAAAUUGGUGCUUGAGGACACUGUGGAUGUUGUGAUGGGAGUCGAAGUAUAGAACGAUGUGUGAAGUACAGCUUUUAAUCCAGAAAUUAUAGUGUUUUUUGCUACCA